AUGGCGCUGAGCAUCAGCAUCGACUACCACUACACGUCCAAGAUUUACACGUGCAACUCCAAGGUCUCUGGAACACUAUCAGUUUGCACCCAAAGGGAUACACCUUUCAAUUGCGUCCAAAUCGCCCUUCUUGGCACUUCCCACACUCGGAUCGAUAUGCUACCUGCUCCCAAGAUCAUCGACAAUGAUUUUCUGAGGCUGGACAUGCCUAUUCACGAGGAUUCAUAUCCAUCAGGCCGAAACUUUCGUGCCGGGCAGACCUAUCAUAUUCCGUUUGAAUUCACAAUCCCUCGCGCCCUAUCCAAUGACACUUGUCACGCCCGCACCCCCUCGGAGUGUGGACACAUUCAAGAUCUCCACAUGCGGCUGCCACCAACCAUGGGUGACUGGGGAAAAGACGACAUGUCACCUGUGAUGGCUAGAGUCGAAUACACUAUCGUGGCUCGUGUAUUGCAGAAGCGUGCUUCCGAGGCAGGCCUCGCAACCGAGAUCAGCCAGCCCAUCAAAGUGUUCCCCUCAUUGCCGGAAGAUCCACCUUUAAGCAUCACUGAGCAAGAUACCCGAUACUGCCUGAGCAAGACUAAGUACACUCGGAAGAGCCUGCUGUCGACACAAAGGGACCAGGUCACAGCGAGUAUCGUUCAGCCGGCAUCAGCAGUCUUAGACAUCGCUGGACAGCAAGUUUCUCCGACUUCGGCGACAAUGCACCUUGCUUUCAAAUCGAACUCGACAUGUGCAACACCUCCAGACAUCAGUCUUCGUCAAAUCAGGCUCGAAGCGAUCAGCUGGUUUAGCGGAGCCCCCAUCAAGACCCUCCCAGAACUUGGCGAGGCAAGAGACUCCACCGGCAUCAAGCAGGAGUUGAAGUACAUCACUUCAACCAAACUGCCAACGACUGGUGUAGAAGUCAAAUGGCAGCAUGUUGAUACUGGCGGACAGUCCUCUUUGUGGGAAGGAAGUCUAGAGAUCCCGGUCGCACUCCCAACCACCCACAAAAUGUUCCUCCCGACUUUUUACAAUUGCUUCGUGGCCCGAACAUACGUUUUGCACUUGUGUGUCAAUGCAGCUGCGUCGGGUACGAAGAUCAAUCUAUCCGUGCCACUUCAGAUCUCCGUGCAGGAGCAGGAUGGAAAGGACUUCGAGGUGUCUGGCGAUGAUCUGCCAACCUUUGAAGCAGCUAUCGCUUGGCGAUCAGUACGUUGA